AUGGCAUCGGCCAAAGCGCAGAUGGAUCAGCAGCGUCAGACAGUUUAUCUCUCCUUUGAGGAGGAACACCUUGGCGAGCCUCCUGAAGAUGAAGCCCUGGUCGAGACGACGCACGUCUUGCCCGGAAACCCCAUGAUUCUUCCUGAACUCGAGAACUCGCCAUUGAUUAAAAAGGUUAAAAAAAAACAUCGCGUUUGGAUUGUUCACGAGAAACCGAAUGUCUUGCGCAUAUCUAGUCGCACCGCGAAAAACCUCCGAGAAGGAGUGAGGGCCAUCAACGACGUUAUCCACGACAUGCGCUUGGAUCGCCAAAGGAUUUCAUGUCGUUUUCUGGUCCAAAAGCCCAUGGGCGGUGGCGACACGGACGGGUUGAUUUCUGUCAAACUGGACUCUCGACCGCAACUGAUGUCGGUCGGCGGCUCAGUCAAGGCUGACGUAUCGGAAACAGCUUCCGACAUUAUGGGACAGCUCCAGGACGUUUUCCUCCCCACUACCGACGUGCUGAGAGCCCUGAAGCAGGAUUUGCACAUGCGCGUCGUCUUUGGCCAUGUAAUUGUUCAUCGACGAAAGAAGACGCAAGGGGACAGCAUGACAUACGGCGAGUUUGCUGACAUGGCCGGCAAGUACGGCUCCAGGGGAGGAGCCGAUCUGGAAACAAAGCUGCAUGAUCCCGGACUGGCUCUGGCGACUAUACGUCACCUGCUGGAUCCCGCGACGGAGUUUUACAGCGGUCUCGAAGAACACGUGACUGUUAAUGGCGAGAUACUUUUCGAGGUAAAAGGGCAGCACCUCGUCGCAGAUGUUGAAACCGCCCCGAGAAAACCGGUUAGCUUGGCAAAUAUCCGCCUAUGGGAGCCAGAACGAUGGCCACCGCUCCGGUGGAUGGUUUUUGCCCCCGACAGAAAAUACGACUGGGGUCUCUGGGUUGAUGCCGGGCAAACCGUCCGGCCAGUGCCAGCUCCAAUGCUGGACCUGAUUCGCAGAACAACGGUAGAGGUGGAAGAAGCGCACCAAGACUCAGCAGCCGAGCACUUGAAGAAACAGCUAAAGAUUCGGGUGGGAAAUGCCGCGGCCUUGGCAAAGACGAUGCAGGUUGACCAAGUUCACCUGAAAUCAUCCGUCGGGAUACGUUUUCGAGACAGUUGCUACGAAGUAGAAGUCAGCAAGAACAGCGUAUGGCAGGGCAUCAACACGCAAGAUGGGCCGCAGAUCUCGUUUAGCAUAGGUCUGCGCGGAAUCCAUUGGGCGGGUGAGGUGAACAACACCAGAUCGAAUGACCACAAGAAGUACUGGGGUUUGAAUCAGAGAGACCUCUGGCGCGGCUCGGCACCUACUGCAGAGGGGCAAUUCCGCGAAUUUCUUUGUCACGUCCUGGAGGUCCUGUCGGCUAUUGAAGGCACCGAGACGGCUUGA